GUUUCAGUCAAGAAGAACUCUUAAAAAUAUGGAAAGGACUCUUCUACUGCAUGUGGGUGCAGGACGAGCCCCUUCUGCAGGUAACACAGUCCCCUCGUCAUGGUCCUGGACCUUUGCCACGAUGGACGCCAAUCUGCUGCCAUCCCCAAACAGAUGGAAGUAAAUGCUUCAAGGAGCCAUUGUCUCAGCUCUUGUUCCCUCAGGAAGGGGCAGCGGGCACUUAGGCUGUGCUUUCAGACAUAUCGGACACGCUAAGUCAUAGAUCCCCUAUUGCUCUCGUCAUUUCAUAGCUUCUAUGGAGGAGCUAGCGAACAUUAUUUCCCAACUCAUCCACGUUGUAAACAGCUCGGAGGCUCAGCACCUGUUUAUUCAGACCUUCUGGCAGACCAUGAAUCGAGAGUGGCAAGGGAUAGACACGCUGCGGCUGGACAAGUACUAUAUGCUGAUCCGCCUGGUCCUGAGGCAGUCCUUUGAAGUUCUCAAGCGGAAUGCCUGGGAAGAAAGCCAAAUCACACUGUUUUUGGACAUCUUGAUGAAGGAGAUCCUGAGUCCUGAGAGCCAGUCUCCCGAUGGCGUGAGAGCCCACUUGAUUGACGUGUACUUGGAUGAGCUUACCACGGUGGGAGGGGGAGAGCUCUUAGCGGAUCAGAACCUCAAGUUAAUCGAUCCAUUCUGCAGAAUUGCUGCCAAGACUAAAGACCACACGCUGGUACAGACUAUAGCGAGGGGUGUUUUUGAAGUCAUUGUAGAUCAGUCUGCCUGUGUACCUGAAGAGUCUGUGGAGGAGCGGAAAACCAAAGAGGACGGCAGUGGCUUCCCUACAAAGGAGGUGGCCUGUAGGAAGGCAGUCAGUGGGAAGAAGGCUGCACUGGACAAAUGCCUCAGAGACGGAGUCAUUGGCAGCAGAGAAAGAGACGUCUGUGCAGCCUUGAAAGAUUCAGGGUCACCUCUCCAGUUUGACUACAAGGCUGUUGCUGAUCGACUCCUGGAAAUAGCCAACUCAGAGAGCACCCCGCCUUUCAACAGGAAGCGACUCUGCAGACUAGUCAGAAAGUUCCAGGACCUCUGUGACGGCAAUUGUGCUCAACCCAGUUUUGCUGAGGACAUUUCUGCUGAGGAAAAUGGUCAAGCCCUCGGUCAGAGAAGGCACAAGAGGAAAAGGAAAAAGCUUUUAGAGAAAGCUGCCUUAGCAAGGGAGGAAGGAAAUACAGUCUCUCCUGCUGGUGAAGAGGGCAGCGGAGGCCACAUUCACAAGAAGAAAAGGAAAAAGAGGAAGAGGAGCCACUUCGAGCCUGACACUCAGAACCUGGAUGCUGUUGCCAUGCCCAAAGCACCAAAUGCGGAGAGGGAGCCUGACACUGCCCAGAGGCAGGCCCCACCAGCCUGCGUGACUGAGCCUACAGCAGAGGCCGUGUCCAGCAUCAGGGAGAACAGCUCCGAGCCUACCCCCAUCAUGCCCAUACACAAUAAAAGAAAACGGCCAAGAAAGAAGAAACUGAGGGCCCACAAAGAGAUCUGCAAACCCACCAGUUUACCUCAGGAGGACAUGUCAAAGAAUGACUCUGUCGGUGGGCAUCCUCAGAGCUCUGCUGCCCACAUUUCUUCCUCCGAAGGUGUCCAAGCCCGGAAAAGGAAACGGAAACUGGAAGCUCUCCCUGUCAGCAGUGGUGACCUAACCGUACAGAAGUCAGGUACCCCAACAAGCCCAGUGGAGCUUGCCCAGACCACCCUGCCCCAGUGUAAGAGGUCACAAAAGAAAAGAGCAUCCAGCACCCUUGACCCCUAUGAUCCAUCCAGUCAAAAAACAGCAAUCUCAAAAAAGAAGAAAACGAUGAAGCUGAUGUCAAACGGUGUGUUGGAGUCCAACGCUGGGCAGAUCCAAGCUCUGGGAAGCAACAGGACUCUGAAGAAGCCGCUGAAAUCGGAGGACGACUUUGUGAAGUUCGACACUCGGUGCUUACCAAAGCCCCUGUUCUUCAGGAAAGCCAAGAACAGCUCUGCCACCCAUCCCCAAGGUCCUGCUGGCCAGCUGAAUAAAACUCCCUCCAGUUCCAAGAAAGUCACCUUUGGAUUGAACAGAAACAUGACUGCAGAAUUUAAGAAGACAGACAAGAGUAUCCUGGUCAGCCCCACAGGCCUGUCCAGAGUGGCCUUUAACCCUGAGCAGAGGCCACUCCACGGAGUGCUGAAGACCCCCACAAGCUCCCCGGCCAGCACUCCUCUGUCACCCAUGAGGCUACCAGCCACCACCCCAAGGAGAAGGCCGAGGGCUGCGGACUUCUUCUGAGAGCCAGAGGCCCUUUCUGAAGACUGCUUUUAUACUGGAUGUUCUCUAAAUUAUAACUUUUAAAUGUAGGCUUUUUAAUUAUUUUACAAAUACCCAUGAGUGGGACAAAUGUUCUGAACUUGGACUGCAGGCCUCUCCUGCUAGGCUUGCAGCCCCUGGUUCGCAUCUGCGCACACCCUCACCAGAAGGACUGAGUGCUGUUGGUACACGGAGCCCCCUCCUCCAUGCCCAUUGCUGCACAACACAGUGGAUUGCACACCUUUCUGGGUGUCUGCAGUCGCAGUCUGUCCCUUGUGAAAGCACGGCAGCUUCAGGCCCGUCUGCGGGCAUGUGGCUGUUUUUCCUGGGAUUGACUCCUGGAAUGGAAUGAGCAAUAGUGUAGCUUUUCUACGGGUGGCCAGCAGGAGGCUAGACAGGUGGGGGGGGAAGCCACUUUUCCCUGAGGCUUCUCCUCUGCCUGGCCUGUUCCUGUCCCUGUCUUCCUACCUCUAUAGCAAGCCCAAAGUGUCUUUUCAAGAGGGCCAGUACCCCCCAGGCUGCUGCCCACAUUAGCACAGUUUUCCCAGGGCCUCCUGACUGCACCAGCAGGGACUGGACCCCAGCCCUUGCCUGACCUGGAAGUUGGCUGCCCAAGAAUAGAAGCCUGUUACCUGCCUCCAUGGGUCGUAUAAGCUCUUCUAGCUUAGUGCGGAACCCAGGGAGCCAUUCAGACUUCCACCAAAGCAAAUCUGGCUCCUUUAGAGAGAAGCCUACAUGGCGACUGCUCUUGUUUAAGGAAGCUACCUUGGGUCUGCGAAGUGGAGAGGCCUUGGGAUUAAGCACAAUAGGAGGCACAGCUCCUGCCUUUAUCAUGAGGAGCUGCAGGCUUGACGUGGCGAGGCCAAGGCCCUGCAUCUCAAGCACUCAAGAGCUCUGAGUUUGCCUACUGUGCCCAGGAUCUCCCCAGGUACGUCCUACUCUGUACACCCUGUGCUGGAGCCCUACUUUCCACGCCACUGCCCCUCAGGGGAGGACUGCAGCUCACUCCCACUGGGAUCACAGAGCUCGGGUGCCUACUGUCGGCUUUACUCCAGUCACGGGGUCCGUUUCCAAGUCUUGAACCAACUGACUCCCGAAUGCCAUUCCCGGAAGGAACCAAGUGGUGACUUUGUCCUCUGCCUGCUCAGUCAUAAAGUGUAUCACUAGGCCAUAAAAACGGAGAUGAUGUUUUGCUUAUAUCACAGUAGGUCAUGUGCAGUGUCACUUGUGGUUGCAUGGUUACAGCGUGCUGAUUUUGACCGGUCUAUUCAAAACUAAAAGCCAAGUGGGUCGUACGGCCCAGUGGUGUGGAGUAAGACACCAGGUAGCAGUGGUAGAAACAACCUCACACCAUUUUCAUGAUGGCAGCCCAUCCUUGGGGACUGUGAGUGUCCUCAAAGCACACCUCCUACCAAAAUUGCUCCCAAGAUGAAGGGUGAGACCUCAGUGCUGGGUUGACAGAUGGGCGUCGCCGUGCUGGACCAAUUCCUGCACAGCACAGGAAGGCUGCCCAAUGAAGGAGUGCAUUUAGAAUGGUGUCCUGGUCCUUGAUGCAGAGUCUCAAGUAAAAUUGCUGUUAAAUUUCUUCAAGUCCAGAGAAGCAAAUCUUAGUGCAGGUGGACCGAGUUCGUGUUUGAUAAGACUAUCUCCAUCCUUAGUAUGGGUGUGGUCAGUUCUGCACAAUUUGGUUUCAAACUAACUUUUUUUUCCCUUCUGUUUUAAAAAAACAAAAAAAAUAAUAAUAAUAAUGUCUCAGUAUGUAUCCUAUCCCACACUGGCCCCACUGGUGAUCUUCCUGCCUCAGCCAGGCGACUGCUGGGUCACAGUAUCACCUUUCUGAAGUAAAGCACAAGAAGGAGCAUGAGGGGAGAUUGGGAAGCAGUCCCUGCCUGGGAAGUGGGUCUGUGUUUUCUCUAACUGCCACAGUACUGUGUGUUUACGAUCAAAUUGUAUUGGUGUCUCCAGGGCUUGUGGUACAAAACAAAGCCAAGACCAAUUAAAAGAAAUGUGU